AUGAUUGGUAUGGGAAGCUAUGGUGUUGUGUAUAGAGCCAAACUUGUUGAUGGCCACGAGGUUGCAAUCAAGAGGAUGGGGGUGGUGCUGGUUGAACUAAAAGGAUACCUUUAUCUGAAGUACUGCGACGGUCUAAAUGUGUUGACGGCAAAGAGUGAUGUGUAUGGGUUUGGAGUUGUACUUCUUGAACUUUUGACAGGAAAGAGAGCUAUAUUAAAGUACGUGAAAGAUGAAAUAACCCAAUCAUUAAGUCUAGUGGACGUUGUAGUGCCUGCUAUCUUGGCUCAAGAUUUGGUGAAAAUUUUGGAUCCAAAAGUUGCACCACCGAAUGUUAAUGAAGCAUUCACAGUGGAGUUAGUGGCCUAUAUUGCUAUCCAUGUGUGA